AGUCUUUGUUUGAGUACUAUAAUUAGUAAACAAGGAAGGCUGGAGAUAUCUGUUCUCUUGGGAAGUGAAACUUCGCUGUAGUUAUACGAUUGUCAUAACCAUGAGCUCACGGUUUGCAAACUAUUUGAGUAUAUUAUUACUUAGUUUGUCAGUAAGCAUGUCAUCAGCCUUUUUCGUAGUGAAAAGGCAAGAAAUAACUCCAGUCAUUUUAGUUCCUGGAGAUGGUGGCAGUCAGGUUGAGGCAAAACUUCACAAGGAUAGAGUUGUUCAUUAUUUAUGUGAGAAAACAACACAAGACUUCUUUAAUAUAUGGCUCAAUAUGGAAUUACUUGUUCCAUUAGUCAUAGACUGCUGGAUUGACAACAUGAGACUUGUGUAUGACAAUGUCACAAGAAUGUCAUCCAAUUCAAAAGGUGUUGAGAUCAGAAUUCCAGGCUUUGGGAAUACUACAUCUGUUGAAUGGCUUGAUCCAAGUGAAGCAUCUCCUGGAGCAUAUUUUAAAGACAUUGCUAAUGCUCUGGUUGCAUUGGGUUAUGAACGUAAUGUCUCGCUUCGAGGUGCUCCAUAUGAUUUUCGGAAAGCCCCAAAUGGAAAUGGCGAAUAUUUUGUAAGGUUGAAGGCACUUGUAGAAGAAACGUAUGGAAUAAAUGAUAACCAACGUGUAAUAAUACUUGCUCACAGCAUGGGUGGCCCCAUGAGUUUACAUUUCUUACACAGCCAGUCAAAGAGCUGGAAGGACAAAUAUAUUCGUGCACUUGUUACGUUGUCUGGUGCAUGGGGAGGAUCAGUGAAGGCAUUGAAGGUUUUUGCAGUGGGUGACAAUUUGGGUUCUUAUGUCCUGCGCGAGAGUAUAUUACGAGAGGAACAAAUAACUUCACCAAGUUUAGCAUGGCUAAUGCCAUCCAGUUUGUUUUGGAAUCCUGAUGAAAUUUUAAUACAAACGGAUGAGAAGAACUAUACAACAAAGGACUUUAAAGAAUUCUUUGAGGCCAUUGACUAUCCAGUAGGUUGGGAGAUGCGGAAAGAUGUGGAGAAAUAUUCAGUUGAGUUUCAAGCACCAGACGUAGAAGUGCAUUGUUUACAUGGCUUUGGUGUAGAUACAAUUAACAGACUUGUUUACAAACCUGGGACCUUCCCAGACGGGUACCCUGGGUUCCUCUAUGGUGACGGAGAUGGCACUGUUAACAAACGUAGCUUAGAAGGAUGUUUGAAUUGGAAGCAGAAGGAGAAAGUUUAUCAUCAGACUUUCUCUAGUUUGGAUCAUACAGGCAUACUCCAUGAUGAACGUGUUCUCAGCUACCUUCAGUCGAUAGUAACAAAUAUGUAGUUUUACUAUCAUAUAUUUAAUAUUAAUAUUUUACAUAAUAGUCUGUCUGUCUCACAAACGAAAAUGCCAUGGGUAUUAUAACAACUCUUUACUCUUUAACGUUGGAGAAAUUACAAUUUGUCAUCACAUGCUUAUAUUUAUUAUGCUCUCUUAUUUAUUCAGAUACAGCGUAUGUAUUUUUACUGUUCCUUUAAUAUGAAAUUUACUGAUCAUUUAAGGUGUAUGUCAGUGAGAGAAGGUGUGAAUAAAAUAUUGCACUUGACAUAUGGAUCUUCAUGAAGUGAAUUGAUCUCAUUAUAAAUAUUUGAGAUACUUGCCAGUAUCAUUGUUACAGGGUUUGUCAGAAUCUCCACAAAGGUUAUAUUCAGCCUGUAAAUUAUAGGAUAUUCAUCUCAGACAUUUUCACAAUAAGAGAUUUACAUGUUGAACAAAAGGUCCACACUACUUCUUCAUGUAUCUUAGGUGGCUGAUGAUCAGUACUUAUUUUCUUUGCUGCUAACUAUUGUGUCAUUCUGAAAUGACUCUCAAAUUUCCACUUAAAUUGCAGUAUAUGAAAAAAGUUAAACUGAUUUCCAGUGUAUGAUGAUCUUGUUAUUCUUCUAGCAUUGUCACUGUUUUAUAAUCAUUGUUGGUUGAAAAGCAUCUCUUCUGUCUCCUCCCAAUCUUUCCUUUUUGAUUUCUUGCCAGCUCAUAUAUCUUCUUGUACCUGGCCAAGCCAUCUUAUCCUGGAUCAUCCCAUGGGUAUGCAUAGUUUAAAUUUUAAUUCUCUUGCCAUUCUUGGUGCUCAGUCAUUUAUUUCAUUUCUAAUGGUUUGUUUGUAAAUUGUAACAUUUGGUUUCUGUUAGGUCAGCUCAGGCAGUGGAAUUAAAGCAUUAAUGCAGAAGAUACAAAUGAAAAUUGUAUUGAUGUUUGUCUUUGUGUAGUCAUAUUGAUUUUAUCGAACAUGUUUUGAUUUUGAUGGUGGAGGGGACCCCCAAAGAUGUGUAUUUUUUUUGCUCCCCCCUUCCCUCUUUACUUGUGUUCUUGUCAGGUCCAAUUUUCCAUUCUUCUUUGUCCUUUCCAGUCACUUGGUUCAUAUGUCAUGUUCUCGGCCUCUUUCCUUUUUGUUUCAUUUUCAUCGCUCUUUUGGGCUGUGUUAUAUCUUCCUUCGCAUUGUUAAUUGUUUUAUCUGAAGCACUGAAAAUAUCCCAAUAAUGAUUAUACAGCAUUAUCUACAAAUUUUUGCAACCAUAUUGCCUCAUACUGAAUCACUUAUGUUUAUUCGUUUCUAAACUCUUAUAAUUUAUCAGUUUUCUUAUGUUUUGCAUUCUACAUUCCUAAAUCUGUUCCGAUUUUUCGAAUCUUACUUCUUCAGAACAUUAUAUUUGGGUGUCCUUCAUGUCUCCUGCACUUAAUCAGACCACUGUGAUAACCUGUGAACUCAUACAGACAGGAUGCUGGGUGAGGGAACAUGAAUGUACAUUUUACUACAUGUACUUAUGCCAUAAAUCACGCACUUCCCUCGAUCAUUUUAAAAUAGCAAAGUAAAAGCUGGCACCCCUUGAUUACAAGUCGGGAGUGUAGCAACUACACAAACCUGCUUACCCCAACUGAGCUGGUUUUCCUCCGUCUCUCCAUAAAAUUCCAAGAUAAUACCUUCAAAUAGGCCAUAGCCAUCACCUUCCAAAUCCUUACAUACCAUUUUGAAAUCUUUUAUGGUGCUGUAUAACCUCUGAAGUUGAAGUAGUGCCAUUACAUAACCAGUCUAUCACCAGGAUACUUUAUUUUAAGUCUCUUCUGUUGUAAACCAGUCAUCACAGAAAACAUUUGUUCUCUUAUAUUGUUUAUUAUUGCACUGUCAAUAUGAUGAUAAACAUUUAAUCUAAUUCAGUCUUAUUAAAUUUCAAGACUUCAUCACUGAGCUUCCUCUCUGUGAGCCUGACUUCAUUUUCAUUCCUCACGACUCAUACUUAAAAAUAAAAUAUGAUAAAUUCAUUUGUCAAAUCUGUGCCAAUUUAUGAGGAGAAUGUUCGGACUUUUUAUACAAUUGUAAUGGCAUAAUUUUUCCCCCGUUAUUUGAAGUUUGUAGUGCAUAUAAGCAUUCUUUGAUGUGUGUAAAGCAUAUUGCAUUUUAUAACUGGAGUUUGGUCAUGAAAAAUGCGAUAAACACUGAAUUAGAGACAAGCUACACUCUAUAACGCCAUUUUAUACCACAUACCAGAUAGUAAAGUCAAAUUAUCCAGGUUAAUGAUGGGGAGAAGAUGCACAAAUAACUGGAAAAAAUUCGAUAAUCUAAAAUAUUUUGUUUAGUGCAUUCACAGAACUUCACAAAUUACUUUACUUUAUGACAGCUCACAUUUAUUUUUAGGAACGGUUUGUGGUUUCUCUCUCUCUCUCUCUUUGUGUGUGUGUGUGUAAACUGUUUAGAUUUAUCCCAAUGGUAGUAUAAAUUUCACUCUUAUCCUCGCCACCUCUUCUUCAUGCUUCUGUUUCACAGCACCAUCGACAGUGUCUGCCCAUCUUGUGUUAUCAUCAUCUAUGUUUUCAAAACUUAUCAUAGCACACCUUUAGCUCUGUAAGAACUUUCCUCCAUGAUUGAACCUCAGCAUUAUUGGAUUCAUGGAAGCACCAUUCCUCAGGUGAGCCAUACAUAGUAUCCAAUGAGCGACAUUUCGUCGAUUCAUUCAUUCGAUCCCAACGCCAUAGCCUUUGACUAAAUGUCACCAGUUUUCCAUUCUCGAAGUUUUCAGUUACUCAUUCUUUUGUCACUGUAUUUUUAUUGUUUUUUUCUGCAAUUUUCGUAAUGAUCCACAAGCAUUAACUGUCAUUCUUGCCUGAUGCACAGUGCAGUGUAACAGAACUGUCCGUGCGACAUUAAUAUAUAAGAAAAACCGAGUGCACCUGAAGCAACCCCCCACCCCACCGCAGAACUGGGAAGUAUGGCACAGGAAGGUGUAGAGAGCAUACUUCUCUGUGGUUGUGUAAAGGGGGAAAAAACUUGUGUACAUUUGUAAUUAGAAUUUUAAUAUAUAUGAUAAAUGUGAACAUCUACAUACAUGAAGGCAGCAGUUUUAAGAUUGUCUUAGGUAUAGACAUUUUAAAUAGUAUCAGUUUUACUUAGCUGCAGUGUGAUUAUUUCUAGUCUAUGCUGGUUAACUGUUUGUCAUGAUUUUAUUGUUACUUAUGGUUCCAGUUGUAGCAUUAUAUCAAAACUUGUAAUAAUUAACAGUAAUAUUAUACAUAAUUGUACCAUGAUAGUGAUUUGUCUCAGGAUCUCUCUUAUGUAAUAUCUAUAAGAUGCUGUACCAUGUGUAUUUAAAGCGUCAUGAUUUUAUUCUAUUCAUAUGCAUGUUUAUGAAGUUUGUUUUGUGGCUAAUAUACACUGUGAGUAGA